AUGGUUUUCAAAGUGGAAACCACGGAAAAUUAUGAGGCGAUAUACCGUGGCGUCGAGCGGGAGCGGCCUUACUCGUCGGGGGGUGCGCCGCCGCCGCCGGCGGAGCCCGCGACGCGCACCGUCACCAUGAGCCGAGACCCCACCGAUUCGCACGGCUUCGGCAUCUGCGUCAAGGGCGGGAAAGAAGCAGUGGGCGUGUACAUAUCCCGAGUAGAGGAGGGCUCGGUGGCGGAGCGCGCGGGGCUGCGGCCUGGGGACUCCAUCCUGCAGGUCAACGGGACUCCUUUCUCGGGGAUUUCCCACGAAGAUGCACUUAAGAUGCUGAAGUCCUGCCGCCAGCUGACGAUGACGGUGCGGACAGCUGGCGCUCUGGUGGGCCGGGCCUCAUGUUCGUGGAUGGAUCGGUACGGGAGGCCCGCGUCGCCGCCGCCGAUGAGGCCUCCACGUUCUGCUAGUAAAGAUAGAUCAGUGCGAAGGGUGGACCUGUGCAUAGAGCCGGGGCAGUCGCUAGGCCUGAUGAUCAGAGGGGGCCUGGAGUACAACCUCGGCAUCUACAUCACGGGCGUCGACAAGGACUCCGUUGCUGACAGAGCUGGCCUCAUGGUAGGAGACCAGAUCCUGGAGGUGAACGGGCAGUCGUUCGUGGACGUGACGCACGACGAGGCGGUCGCGCAGCUCAAGUACCACAAAAGGAUGUCCCUGCUGGUCAGGGAUGUAGGGAAAGUUCCGCACGCCUGCACGGCGUAUGGAGAACGAGAUGCUGCACCAAGAAUAAGCGGCUGGGGAAGAAGAAGAGGCGCUGCAGCGGUGGCGGUAGAACAGAAAGCGCGGUCACUCCUCCCUCAGAGCGACCUGCCCGCGCUCGCUUACUACAUGGAGGAGUACGCGGCCCGCCGGCUCACGCCCGACGCGUUCCUCACUGUGCUAAGGGACCUGCUAGAUACGCCGCAGAAGUAUACACUUCUGACGGAAAUUCGGGAAUUUAUGCUUCCUGAAGAUAGGCCGAGGUUCGACGAGCUUGUCUAUAGGAGAGGGGAAGAGGCUGGUGAUCAUCAUAUAAAGCGCGGGGGAGAGCGGCACAUGUUGCCUUCCUCCACCAUGCAUGAGUUGCACGACCCGGAGUACGAGGAAGAGGGUCGGCGCUCCCGAAGGCACUCCUCGCCCUGCAACUCCAGGGAGGGCAGCACCACCGCGCUGCACACACAACAUUACGACGACGCUGAGUUGGCUCAUAAGUUGUCGAGAAGUUUCGACAUGAAAGAGGAGGGAGGUGCGCUUUUAGAGGACCGGGGAGGGAUCCGGAGACAUCAGUCGAUGCAGCGCUUGCAGCAUGGUGAUGGGACUCAGAUGGACGACGGCCGGGCGGCCCGAGUGGUGCCCGACCAUCAUGGAAACCUCCACAUAACAGUCAAAAAGACAAAACCGAUACUUGGCAUAGCGAUAGAGGGUGGCGCAAAUACUAAGCAUCCGUUACCCAGAAUAAUAAAUAUUCAUGAGCACGGUGCGGCGUACGAGGCAGGCGGGCUGGAGGUGGGGCAGCUGAUCCUGGCGGUGGACGGGCACCGAGUAGAGGGCAUGCAGCACCAGGACGUGGCGCGGCUUAUCGCGGAGUCCUUCGCGCAGAGGGACAAACCCCGACCCUCCGGCCGCGCUGGGCACCGCGACGCCGGGGGUCGACCUCACCGCUCACACCACGGAAUAGCCAAUUCCAACCUGCGCUGUCACAUGCUCUUCUAAACGCGACGCUGAACUGAAGACAGCUCCGAUGAAACCGUCUUUCGUAACACUGAAACACGCGUCUUUCGUUACAAUUACAGUCUUUUGUAACCCUGGACAUGCGUCUCUUAAGCAAAUGUUAUAAGAAUUUUGUAAAAAAGCAUAUCAAAACCGUAAUUAUGUUUUUAAUAUCCGCAUUGAAUAACAUAUAUUGUAAAACCUUGCGAUUAUCACAGUUGAAACAAAAUCAUAUUCGUGUGAUUACGAUCAUUUGUAAUAUGGGAUGUCGCAAACGUACCCAAUUGGGACAUAACAGCGAUUCCGUUAUGUCGUUCUCGUUUUUUGUUACCUAACUUAUGUGUUUUCGAUUAUUAAUAAAAGAUGAAGUUUUCAAAAAGACGUGCUGUAUGUGUGAUCAUGCAAUACAAGCUCUCCAACGAGGAGGUAUCAGACAUUUGAAUCGGAGCCAAACAGUCAGCGAAUACGCGUUUUGCUCUACAAAGAAUCACAGCUAUGAAUGAUGAUCAUUGAUGGGCGACCAUAAACAAGACGGCCAUCGCAACGGGCUGAAAUGGGGACUCGCCACAAUGGCGAUACGACGCAGGUAAACUAAAGGCUAUACAAAAUUAAUGGCACAAGGGAGGCAAAACUAUUUUUUACAUCUCGACGAUUGUCCAGAAUAUUGGAAAUAAAUUAGUUACGAUGCACACUGCCCGAGAGGUUUUUAACAUUUCUUAUAACUAAAUUACGUCCCUCUUAUCUAACGGGAUAUUUCGGGUAGGCUGAAUGAAAAUUUUGUAAAUUAUUUUCUAGAAGUAGAGUCUAAACCAAUUUUACCAGUAGUCAGUGACUGAAUUUUAUAAAAUAAAAGAAAUUCUCCUACUUUUACCAAUUUAUGAUAAGUUCAUCUCGAAAUCACACAUUUUAAAAUUUUAAAGUAAAUUCGCAGGUAGUUUCGGUCGAUUCGAUUCCGUAACAAUUUUUUCUAGAACUAGAGUUGUAAAGAGAUGACGAUAACAUAGAUCUUAUUACAUUAUUUUUGAAAUGAAUCGUGCUAAUGUUUCAUUGAUUGGCAAUGGUGCUAUAAAGAGAUCACACUUGAGGGAAAUUCGAGUCGUCGUUUCAUAUUCACAUUAAUUAGUAGUUAAUCAGUAGAAUCGAUCGCUUCUCGACACGGUCAUCCCACAGGGGUCACGAGGGGUCAUCCAUGUGCCAUCAGUUGCGUUGGAAGGGUUCAGGUCAGGUCUCGCGGGGCAUCUCAUCCCAGAUCGUUGCAUCGGCGCGGGCGCCGGUCCGCCGUCUCAUGCAGUAGCCUUCAUCGUCGUCAUUGGUAGAGCAGAGCUUGCAGCACGCGACGCGCUCCUAAGCAAGCUGUUCACGUUUAAACAUGCUGUCAUACUAUUUUAGUUUUAAUCUUCAGACAUUAGUUCAACGGAAGUAACGUUAUAUUGUUUUCACUUCACUUAUUUUAAGUUGAAAGAAAUCGUUUUACCAUUUCUAAAAGGUUUCAAUGCUUUUAAUAGUUUUAGUAUACCUAGUUAUCAGUAUUUUGUUUCUGUAAUUUAUACCUACCUACCACUAAAAUUGCUUUGAACGCAUUUAUCAGUUUGCUUAGUGAAGCUACGUACAGAAGCGUCAGACAUGUCAUUCCAUCAGGUAGAUUUGCGGUGAGUUAAGGAAAUUAUGGCGGAGAGGGAUUUUAGCCCACUCUUUUAAUUUAUAAGUAGAUAAUAAUAAAUGUGUGCAAUAUAAUCAAAUGUUUUGUUAGGUGUUUAAAUCAAUAAAUAUUUUUUGUCAUAGAUAUUGUGCGUAGAUUGUCACGGGGUGACAUUUUAUGAAACUGUAUAACUGAAAUAUUUUAAAGAUACUAAAUAUUUAUUGUAUAUAUUGUGGCACCUACGUUAUCGUAUGCAUACUCCCGGUGUAUCAAUGUGAGAGUGGCUAGUGCUUAACUAAUACAACUGUAGAUAUUGUACACGUUCCAACCAUCGCAUUAUUCGCGUAUUUGUAUAAAAUGUAAUAUGCUGUAACUGAACCUCAUUAAUUUAUAUAAACUGAAAGUGACCGUUGUAAAUAAAUAUCUGUAUCUGUAAGCUGUAAAUAUCAAAUUUGAAUGUAUUGUAAAAUAAAAUUAUAUUGAAAUAUUUAUUGAAGUUCGUGCCAAAAGCAUUUUACAAUCCCAACAAUUUUUGCGUGUACUUACAGUUGAUGUAUUGCGGAUGAUUCCGCGACUCUACCAACCUCUUACCGUACACUUUGCUAAAGAAAAAUACCAAGGAGUGACUUGCAUUAAUAUGAAUCGUGAUAAAAGUAGUUUUUCUGAAGUUUCUGGUGUUAUAAAUAAUAAAAUAGUACUUCAGGUAUAAUGCAGGUUGUAUCGAUGUAUGUAAUAUAGAGAUGUAGAGCCAAAUUUUAAUAAUAUCCCGACCAAACCGCCAAAUAACUAGAUGAUUCGGAUAAAUUUUGUAUUUUGCGACAUUCAUAUAGACAGGUUUGAAGUCACUUCUGAAUUUUUCUUAUAAGCACACAUCAAUCUGGUGUAAUUGGAAAGGUCAAACAUCUAUUAUUCUUGUACCUAUCUAUAUAAUUACGUAAUAAUUUUGUUAAUAAAACAUUAGAUAAUAUCUGGCCAAUAUUUACAUUUUAUCAAAGUCACAUUCACAAGUUAUGCUUUUUACUUCUUGUGUAACAUUAGUAGAUAUUCAUCAUCAAAUGUAAAGCAUUGCUAAUUAGAAUCUUGUUACUGUUUUCACCUUGAGACCUUUACCUUACACUAAUGUUACAAUUGUUAAAAACAUUGUCAUUCUCCAAAAUAUAAUUUGAUCUCUUUAUUAAAAAUGAAAACACUUAAUAAUUAAUUAUUGUUAACAGAGUACCUUUGCACUGAAAUAUUAUAUAUAUACUGUAUAUUUUGUACGUGUAAUAAUAAUUAAUUUUAACUUAUACCAUUUACCUAUAAUAAGUUUGUAUGAUUAUAACACUUAAGUAUACAUUAUUAUGGCUUGGCCCACGCGCCUCGUCUAUAUUUGAGUCAAUUCAUCAUUUACGUAUGGAACACGUCAAACCAAAAGCAAUUUUAAAAUUAGUGUGUAAGAAUUAUUUUAAUACUUUGAAACUGCAACAAUUUUUAUUAUGUCCCAUUAGUGUCGACCAUUUUAUUUGUUUGACAGCUUAUCCGUUAUCCACCACUUCGCCUUUGCUCAUAGCAGAAUGGACCCAGUUUGCCGUCUUUGUUACCUACAUGCGUUUCAAAAACUUUCAGGCGCGCCUUGUGUAAAAUUUAAUUUAAUUUUCUGUCAACACAAAAUAUAACUCGAGAAAAAACAGCAGAACAUCGCUAAAAUCGCGCCUGAUAACUUUAUUUUAUAAGAUCCACUAAGAUGAUUUGCAUAAAAGUUACUGUAGGCGCUCUACAAUUUGUGCAGUAGAAUUUCAGUUCGUGUAACUAUGUAAAUGGUAUGAAGUCGUAUGGUAAUCUGAAUUUUAAUACUACGAAAAUACGCCUCCAGAUUUAUUAAUUAGAGGUAUUUAUUACAAUAAUUAAUAUGACACAAUUAUUUAGACGGCAAACUAGGCACCUCUGCACAGUGUUUUUUUUGACCCGAAAAAGUGACAUUCUGUUUUUAUCACUAAUAUCCAAAGUUUAACUUAUAAUUAAUGUUAGACUAAAACACCCAGGUGACAAAUAGCUAUAGAUUAUUUUUAAAAAAAUAUUUAAGAAAAUUUAUUUUGUACUGGGUCAAACUACAAUUUUAUUAUUAUUUAAAGAAACGUACACACUAAGCUUCUCUUUGCAUUGCAGGUAGGUAGGUUGGUGUAUGGCGAAUAUUAUUGCACCUAUAAUUAUUUAAAAGUAGUUAUAGGAACGACAGUAUGAUUAUUUUUUAAAUUUAAGAAAUUAUUAUUUUUCUCUUUUUCUAAGCCGAAGUAGAAUCUCUGCUUAGGUCAGAUACAUUUAUUAAAAUAAGCUCUAUCACCUAUAAUUUUUCUAUAUUCUAACUCGGCCGCAAUUUCGAGAAAAAGUAUUUUUUCCAAAAUGUUAGGAUUGUCACAAAAAAUGACCUUACGUAGUUCCACUUUCUUUAGGGUUCCGUGGCCAAAGGAUGCUGCGGGACAUAAUUAAUAUUAUGCAAAUAUAAAUACCACUCCUGAUGAUCAAGAGUCUUCAUAUAUCUUAAAAGAUGAUGAAGAAACAGUAUUCUUGAGCACUGAUAGUAAUUUAAUUGAUAACCUACCUAAGACAAAUUAAACACAUAAUUAGGACCGAUUAGCAUCCUUUGGCCACGGAACCCUAAAGAAAGUGGAACUACGUAAGGUCAUUUUUUGUGACAAUCCUAACAUUUUGGAAAAAAUACUUUUUCUCGAAAUUGCGGCCGAGUUAGAAUAUAGAAAAAUUAUAGGUGAUAGAGCUUAUUUUAAUAAAUGUAUCUGACCUAAACAGAGAUUCUACUUCGGCUUAGAAAAAGAGAAAAAUAAUAAUUUCUUAAAUUUAAAAAAUAAUCAUACUGUCGUUCCUAUAACUACUUUUAAAUAAUUAUAGGUGCAAUAAUAUUCGCCAUACACCAACCUACCUACCUGCAAUGCAAAGAGAAGCUUAGUGUGUACGUUUCUUUAAAUAAUAAUAAAAUUGUAGUUUGACCCAGUACAAAAUAAAUUUUCUUAAAUAUUUUUUUAAAAAUAAUCUAUAGCUAUUUGUCACCUGGGUGUUUUAGUCUAACAUUAAUAAUAAGUUAAACUUUGGAUAUUAGUGAUAAAAACAGAAUGUCACUUUUUCGGGUAAAAAAAAACACUGUGCUCUGCUGUCUUGCAGCGCCAUAAAAUUGGCACCCAUGGUUGUAUCCUAAUAUUAUUCUAAGCCGUCCAUUUAUUUUCGCGUUGAUUUGGUCUUCACUAAGUUAUGGGAUUAUGUGAAUUUUAAAUACUAUGUACUCGACCUUAGGUAGUGUUCGAUAUGUUGGAAAACAAUUCACAGGAAUAAUACUAUGUACUUAUCGCAAAGUUUAAACUUCGCGCAGGCGUUUCGUUGAGAAGAUCUAUGUUGUAGUCUGUUGUUAAGUUUGUCGUUGAUGACAAAAAUAUAUUGUUAUCUAGAUA